UGUGUGUGUGUGUGUGUGUGUGUGUGUGUGUGUGUGUGUGUGUGUGUGGUUAUUGUUUCUUGAAGAUGGGCCUAGGGCAGGCUGCAGAGCAUGGAGGUUGAAUGUGGGGGAUUGAGGGCAGGCUGCUCGCUCUCUCAGCACCAGUCCUGCUAAUCUGCUGCUCAACACAGACCCACACAGCAGGCGGCCGCCUCAGAUAAGAACUCUCGCUGAGUGUCGUCGCAGUGGAAAAGCCAUGGCAUAAGAGUAAACACACGCACAUCGAACCAGAAGAAGGCUUUGCUGCAACAGCUUGUUGCUUCUUUUGUUCCUCGGCUCGUAACACUUUGCACCGCUUCCACCUGGUAGCCAUAGCCGAUUGAUAAUUACCCGCAAUACCCCGGAGAGACUUGACACAGCUGUCGAGCGUUGUGCUUGGCCGGACCCUGCCCUGCUGGUGGGUAUUCACAUCUCCAAGGUUAUCGAGACAAGCCCAGCCACUUUCGGCGGAGUUCUUUGACAUGCUGGAAAGGAUGCAGAUCCCCAUGGCAGAGGAGGCUAAACCGAUCCAGAGGCGUAAGCAGGAUGACUACAUCCCUUACCCCCGCAUAGAAGAUGUUCUGGAGAAGGGUGGCCCCUACCCGCAGGUCAUCCUCCCCCAGUUUGGGGGCUACUGGAUCGAGGAUGCGGAGGCUCCCGUGGGUACUCCCACCUCGUCAGACAGCAGCUUCUGCGAGGAGGACGACUGGGAGGGCAUGAGCCCCGGCGGGGGCUUUGGCUACCGGCUGGAGUGCAACAGCAUGGCGCGGGCCUACCGCAAACACUUCCUGGGCAGGGAGCACAUCAAUUACUACUGCACAGGUAGCAGUGUGGGGAACCUCAUUAUGUCCCUGAAACACGAGGAGGCAGAGGGUCAGGAGUUCCUGCGUAUUAUUCUGAGGUCAAAGAUGAAGACGCUCCACGACAGGAUCUCCCUGGCUGGACUCACACAGCUGCCCAGUGUGCCGCAGAUAGCCAAGCUGCUGUGUGAGGAUGUCACUGGGCUGAAGUUCAAUCCAGUCCUUUACCCCAGAGGGUCGCAACUGAUCGUAUGCAACGACGAGCACGAAGUGAACAACACCUUCAAGUUUGGUGUCAUCUACCAGAAGUUCGGCCAGACCUCAGAGGAGGAGCUGUUCGGCAACAACGAGGAGACGCCGGCCUUCGCUGAGUUCCUGAGCAUGCUGGGAGACACCAUUGAGCUCCAGGAUUUCAAAGGGUUUCGCGGCGGGCUAGAUGUGUCUCAUGGUCAGACAGGAACACAGUCAGUGUACACGGUCUUUCGCCAGAGGGAAAUCAUGUUGCACGUGUCCACAAAGCUGCCCUUCACGGAGGGAGAUGUCCAACAGCUCCAGAGGAAGAGGCACAUUGGGAACGACAUUGUGGCCGCAGUCUUCCAGGAGGAUGCCACGCCCUUUGUCCCUGACAUGAUCGCCUCCAACUUCCUCCAUGCCUACGUGCUGGUGCAGGUGGAAAACCCUUGUACUGAUCAUACCACAUACAAGGUCUCGGUCACGGCUCGGGAGGAUGUGCCUGCGUUUGGCCCCCCUCUCCCAAAUCCUGCCGUUUUCAAGAAGGGGCCUGAGUUUCGCGACUUCCUGCUGACGAAACUAAUCAAUGCGGAGAAUGCCUGUUACAAGUCUGACAAGUUUGCCAAGCUGGAGGGUCGAACGCGGGCAGCGCUCUUGGACAACCUCCAUGACGAGCUCCACAUGCAGACUCAGGCCACACUGGGGCUGGGCACGGGUGGAGAUGAGGACAAGCUGGAGAAUGGAGGCCACGGGGGCCUGCUGGAGUCCUUUAAGAGGGCCAUGCGGGUGCGCAGCCACUCCAUGGAGACGAUGGUGGGGGCCCAUCGCCACCGGAGCCCAGGGGUCGGAGGGGGGGUCCCAGCCAGCCUCAGCGGAGGGGGGCUCCCACAGAGCAGCACAGAGUGCACCAAGAGCACCUUCACGCCCCCUGCACUUUCAGCCAAGUCUCCCCUGAAGAGCCCGGUGAAGCGGCGCUCUGGUCUCUUCCCUCGGCUCCACUCCAGCACUGACAGCCCCGCCAGCCACUUCCGCAGUGACCCAAAGAUGUCAGAGGCGUGUUCACAAACACAGGAGGGGAGGUCAGAGACCUCGUCCAAUCCAAGCUCCCCGGAGAUCUGUCCUAAUAAGGAGAGGCCUUUCAUGAAGCUGAAGGAGGGAAGCAGCCGGGCCAACAUCUCCCGCUCCUCCUCCAGCACCAGCAGCUUCAGCAGCACCACGGGGGAGGGGGAGGCCCUGGAGGAGCUGGACACGAGCAGUCAUCCAUCCACAGCCUCCUCAGUCUUCAGCCCAUCACUGAGUGUGGACAGCCAGACGUCAGGCACCCCUCUCAUCAUGUGCCGCAGCCCCACAGCAGAUGGGAAGAGUAAAACAUCGCCCAGGUCAAACUUGAAGUUCCGCUUUGACAAGCUAAGCCACUCUACAACGGGUAAUUAGUGUGUGUUGGCUGUGCUGCAUUGAUUGGAGGUUAUGUGGAAUCUGUACUGUCAGAGAGCUAUAAUAUAUAAAUGGAGGAAGAACCCUGGCUUCUAGACUUCCUAUCCCUGUGAGAAUGCCACAGAGUGUACUCCACAGAGUAUACUUCACAGAACAUACUUCACAGAACAUUCUUACAAGGCAGCGUAUCCCAGAGCAUUCCUUCAUUCCUGCGCGAUGACCAUGCAGCCAGACACAGUGACUGAGGAAGAAAGGGGUAAAGCUUUCAGUCUUAAUGGUCAGAUUUUUUACUUAAUGUGCUGCAUCUUUAAAAAGUGUCUGUUACAGAGCUAUACCGCUGUGUCCGAAACUGUGCCUCAUUUUUGUGUCUCUUAAAGUCCACACGCUUCUCUCUCUUGAGUCCUUUCCACAAGCCUUAGAUCAAUAGAACACUCCCUAUAGGUGCACUCUGCUCCGUGCCAUGAUGAGGUGAGCUCAAACACACACACACACACACACACACACACACACACACACACAAGAUGAUUUGACAUUUCAUUUUCCUCAGUGUGUCCUCUGUUUUCACAUACAAUGCUUACAAUGUGACCCUUUUUCCUGUAAAAUAUUGUCUUUGGAUUUUUCUGUCCAUGUGGCACUUAGAGCAGUAGAGCACAUUAUAGACUGAGGGAGACUGAGAUCCUUCCCUCCUCUUUGUAAGAGGCUUAGUGCAUCACAACUAAUUGUAGACCCUUGUGUCCAUCUGAUAAACCAGUAGGUUGUUUGAAAGGAUCCCAGCAGGAAGUUGACUCUUGCCGAUAUGCCGAUUAUAUCCAUUAUGGUCCAUGGCUCCGCCUCUAAUCAGAAAUCAGCUAAAAUGAAAAGCACACAAGAAAACAUGAGCUGAUGAAUUAUGUCUUUAUUGCUCGUUGCUUAAGUGAAUAUCAUAGAAAAAUAUACGCAACUUAUUCUGCAGCUUAACUGUGUAGUGGGUAUAACAGAUUACAUCGUGCACAGUGCUGUAAAGAUAUACCUAACGACUGGAUUGUGGACCACUAUUUUUAAAUGCUUUUUCUCAGUGCUUUGUGUUCAGUAGUGGAGUUUAGCCUAAUGAAUAUACGUGUAAGUGUCGAGUCAGAUGUACCAUGUUUGGCCUUUACUGUUGCUUCUGCUUGUCUUACUCAGCCAAAGUGAAGGUCUUCUCUCAUAGGUGCAGGUUAAAAUACCCCUGAGUUCAUUUGCGCUAUACUCUCACUGUGUGAGAAGUUGACCUUGGGAGUUCUACAUGGAUACUUGCAUGUAACGUGGAUUUUUAAUCCUUUGUCACAUUGUGAGUAAACAGGAGCUCUUGUUUUUGAACAGGGAUUUAAACAUCUGUGUACGUCACAGCAGUGUGGUAAAAUAUUGCACAUGUGCAUUCUUUUAUGUGAGAGAAUCAGGAUGAAAACGAAAAUAGCCUGAAUAGAUGACAAAAGCCCUUCCAUUAUCAUCAACCCAGCAGCCUCAUUUUUAAGAAAAAAAAGGAUGUUAUUAAUUUCCAUUGAAAAACACAGAGCUCAUUGUGUUAAUGCCAUGGUGUGAAUGUGCAUCCCAAGAUUUUACAUUAUUUUUUUUACUUUAAAAUUAGUGGAAACUUGUUAGGGAUUUGAUGUCAUUUAACAACAUUUUUCAUCAAGAAUCAGAAGAAUGCUAUGCAAAGUAAUGAUCUGGUCUAGCAUUAUGUUAAGGGGACCUGAUAAACCUGUACAUGUGAGCAGAUGUAUCCAAAUGUCUUAGACUGAAAAGCCUUCGCGUAAAUAUGGUUGACCUUUAAAAAAAAGGAGAGCCCACAUUCUGCAUUGUAGAUAUGGCCUCACUAUUUUUUUGUUUUGUUGUAUACUGUGCAGCUAGAAAUGUUGUUGUCAUGAAUGCACCCCUCAUAGAGACUGAAAAGUCUCCGCCAUGGAGAGCACACUGUGCGCUACAGGCAGAGUUUUGGGGGAAGGGAGGGGUGUCCAUUUCCUGUGUACCCAGAGUUUGUAGGUGGAACUGUGUCCACUGCUGCACACAAUUUCUAUUGUAGGACUGAGCAAAAGCGUGUUUCUGAAUAUUUCAGCUUCUCACAGAGAAUUAUGUCCAUUUGUUUUUUAAUGUAAAGGGUGUCAUACAACACCUCUACAAUCAGUUUGUUCAUGGAGGUAUAAUUUAUUGAUUUUCACUUUUGCGUUGUCAUGUAAAAUAUAAUUGAAAAGUACAUUUUAAGAGUGAAUUAAGGGAAAUAAUAAUUUAAAAGGAAUACACACGUGUAUGUAUAUUUGGUUAUGUAAUGUGCCAUUAAGAAUUUAUUAUGAAAAUAAAAAUGUUGUAUUUUG